GAUCAAGGCUGGCGGACGGCAGUUGACGAGGCAAGCGGGCAAGCUCCGCAACUGCACCGCUGCAGUGCUGCUUCAAGUUAGGGUGCUCAAAGUGGUGUUAUGUGCCGCCGCUGCCUCGAGCUGCGUGCUGCUGUGCGGUCGUAGUAGCGUAGCAGGCCGUGUCGGCGCCGACUGCUAGCUCGUGAUCGUCGCCGGGACGCGCGUGCGAUUGUUCUCGGAGCAGCUGAUCGUCGUCCCGGCACCGCGACGGAGUGUUGCGGUCAUGUGGGAACAACUCGUGAGGCGGGGCCGCUCGCUCGCCAAGGCCCUCAACAGCCCGUUCCUGGUCGAGCGUGUUCAGAACUACUUCGGUGUUUACCGGCUGGCCAAAAACGGUCAGCAGAACGGCGGCGCGCGCAACGGCUACGCGGCGGCGCAGGCCGAGCGGCCCGCCAGCGGCCAGUACCGCGUCGAGCGCCCCGUGUGGUACCACCUGUUCCGCUUCGGCUCGCUGCUGGGCUACGAGGCGUUCUACGCGACGUUCUUCCCGUUCAUCCUGUGGAACUGGGACGCCGUCGUGUGCAGGCGCGUGCUGCUCACGUGGGCGCUGGUGAUGUACUGCGGCGGGCUGGCCAAGGACCUGUUGCGCUGGCCGCGGCCGGCGUCCCCGCCGGUGGUCCAGCUAGACCGGGCGUACGCGGCCGAGUUCGGUAUGCCGUCCACGCAUGCGAUGACGGGCGCGACCGUGCCUUUCGGACUGCUGCUUUGGACGCAGCAGCGCUACGAGUACUGCUACCAUGCGGCGCUGUGCGUGUGCCUGGUGUGGUGCGCGUUGCUGUGCGUCAGUCGCCUCUACCUGGGCAUGCACACUGUACUGGACCUGCUGGUGGGCCUGGUGGUUGCCUGGGCACUGCUGCUUCCGCUGGUGUCUGUGUCGGUGACACUGGAGGCGUGGAUGCUGGCAUGGCCAUGGGGUGCCCCACUGUGUGCUGCGCUGCUACUACUUGCAUACCCAGCGCCUCCACGGUGGACACCCGCACGUGGUGACACGUGCCUGGUGGUUGCCACAGUGGCCGGCAUUUGGGCUGGCGAGGCACUGCUGCCCAUGGCGCUUGGCACCCCCACACCCACGCCUGUAAACCAAGGGGCUGGUGCCCUGUACACGGUCGAGUAUGUUUCUCUGCUGGGACUCUCAUUUAUUGUGGCACGAACGGUGGUGGGCCUCGUGGCGAGUGUCCUUGUCCGAACUGUUGUCAAGGCUGUGAUAUACCCACUGCUAUGUGGUCUCCAUGGCUGUGAUCCAAAACUGGAGACAAGCCGGCAGAAGGGCACCAUAGAGCUUCCCUACAAGUACAUCACAUAUCUCUCCAUGGGACUUACCAUGUCCCUGGGAUCUCCGUGGCUCUUUCAUCAGCUGGGCAUCGAGAGGGACAGCCUGCCCAUUCACCUUUGAAGGUGCCACAUGGGUGCAGUGAACGUUGCGUAUUACGUGUGUGUGCACAUGAUGUGUGUACUACUAGCCCAGCUGGCACCUGCCUUUUUAUGCCACUUGUUGCUGCACAUGUAGAGGAUUGUAUGUUGUGUGCAUCAUGCGGUGCAAUGUGGCGAUAUUAUGUAUAGUGCAAUACUAUGGGAUCAGUCAGUGACCAAUUUUGCUGAUGACUGGCAGCAAGGAUGUUGUUGCAUUAACUUUUCAGACAAUGUUGCAUUUAUACAAGGUAUUUAGGUUUCUGUAUGUGCAGUCGGUUUCUAAAACCCUAUAGAAUGGGACUGGUUCUGUGCCGUAGGUGGCAUUCUAUGAUGGUGUUUCGAAUAGAUAGAUUUACUAUAUUAAGGCAGCCUGAAACUUGACUUGCAUUCAUGGUCUUGCCAUGUUGACAAACCUUCAAGAGGUGCAGAAUGCAUUUUAUGGCUUCAGUUGUGCGGCAUCUAAAAUGUGCCUUCAGUUUCGAAAAUCUGCAAUAGACUGCUGUGCAGUUUCUGAGUUCGUCUUUGUCGCACCUGACUCUCACGUAAAUUAAAAAUGAACAUUGUGGGGUGAACUCUUCCGAAACUGCAUAGUUCGUUAUGAGAGAUGACAGAGUGGGAGGCUGCAUAUUAAUUUUGACCUCCUGGGGUUCUGGAACAUGCGCCCUGAGUACAGCACGCAGGCGUUCUUGAAUUCCACUCCCGUCUGAAUGUCACAGCUGGGAAUCAAAGCUGUGUCCUCGUUCUUCUCAGCGACACAAGUGGAACCCAGAUAAAUAGCAUGGAGAAAGCUAUUUUAAAAGACGCAGUGCUUUCAUUGUGGCACGUUUAAGCAAUGUUAGACUCCUUCAGAGCGGCUCUCUGAAUCACGGCUCCCUUUCUAGAUCCAUGGGCAAGAACACUAAUAACUUUGCAUUUGCAAUGUUCUACAGAGAGUGCUGUGGUGUUCAGCUUCAUUUCUGUUCCGUUCGUACUUUUAGCACUGCCGUACCAACACGCACAACCAUGCACUUUUGCAUUGGCCGUGUAAAAAAAAAGUCCUGCAGCCUUUCUAUUUUUUUCUCUCUAUGUGUGUGUGUUUUAGAUGCAGAUAGCUCAUAUGGCGCGCUAUUUCAUGUCCAUCGAGGGCACUAUGUCAGCAUAUUAAUCCUUUUUUCAAGUCAUAUAAGUGGGCACACAUUUCCUACAAGUGGCUGUCAUUUAUCUCUGUGUGCACAUGAUGUAUACUUAAGUGCCUAAGUCGCUCCUGCUUCUCUUGCAAGAUUGACUAUCUGUGACAUUGUUUUUGCUGGCAAGUUGUGUCGGCAUUGUUAUGGGUGCCUGUUUACCUCUGCUCCAUAAUGUAGUGGUUGCUGGUCCUGUUACCACAUGUGUUGCUAUGUUUUAUGCCGCAGUGCCGUCAGUUUUCACUGCCACAAACGUUUUGAUGGGCAUCAGUGUUGGUAACAUAGCGAGAACGUCAUUAAAUUUACUGUUUUAGUCACUUUACUGACACCUUUUGUCUUUUUCAAGUCCUAGUGCCAUGUUGAGUGACUUUUUUAGUGCAAAAUAGCCAGUACAUUGUCCUGAUAAAGUUCUUCAAGGGCCCUUGGCUAAGUUCAAUGCCUUGGCCCCAUUUUAUUCCGAGGGCUUCCACGUGUUGCUGCUUAUAAAUACAUACCAAAGAGCUUAUUAGUGAGCCAUCUGGGAGCACUAAGAUGGUUUUCUAGGCAAAGCACACUGUUGAGACGUGAUACCGUUUUAGAAAAUUGGGGUUGUUUUUCUUCUUACAUACUGUUCUUUGACUUGCCACUGCAGGAGGUAAUUUUAAACUGCGGUAAAAAUAAUAAAAAAGAUGUCUAGAAACAACUAAAGAAAUAUAAGACAUACUUCCAACAAGGUAAUUAUAAUCAUCACUUAGCAACUUUUCACUAAGACUGGAGGGAAAAGACCGCUACUUGGUGGCUUUGUCCUGUAAAAGAAAGUUACCAACACUGAUGGCCAUAGCCCACCAGGGCCUGGGCACAUUGGUAAUCCAUGCUGUCCUGAGAAUAAGUCUAAAGAAGUUAAUGUGCACGCAUGUUGUGUGCAUACAACUGUGUAUGUGUGCCUCAGUAUUUUCCCUAACGUUCAGCAGCAUUGUUAAAGUGCCUGCUGCCACUCGUGAGCACAAGUUUCUGCUGUGAUUGUUGCUUCAAAGGAUGCGCACACAUAACUUUCAAGCCCAAAGGAGGUACAGGAACCAAAACACAAGAGCAUUGAGUGUUGUGAAUAAAUAUUGCACCAAUUCGCAUUGUUUCUUUCGACGAUGUGCGCAUCUUAGUGAUUUCAUUUGACAUGGUGUAAAGCUUUGACUUUGCACUGGUAGUCAUUUGCUUUUAUUGUCCUUCAAGAUGUGAACAAAUCUCCUUCCCACUGUUCUUGUCCUUUAAUUUUUGCAGUGCACCAGACUGUCAUUUGGGAUAACCACAAAUGCGAGGGUUUCAGCAAGCUGAAAGGAAAUUGUCGAUACCUUGUGUAUUACAGGAUAACUUGUGUAGACAGCUUUAGUGGAGCGCCUGAACAGCAGAAAUAGUAAUAUCACUACACACCUCAAAACUCACUUCUAUUGUAGUGGGAUAUUGCUUUUUUAUUUGCAAAUCUUGCUACUGAUGUCUGUUUUGUGCCUGUCUUGUCUGCAGUUUUAUUGAAGCCUAGGGUGCUGUCAAAAGCAUGCACUAUUUUAUUUUGCAGGGAAUAUGUGUGCUCCUUCUCUUUAACACUGUACCAUAAGCUCGUAUGGCAGUUAAUGAACCUCCUAGUAAUGCAUGAUGGCCUGGUGAAUGAAUUCCAGUGCAUGGCAUGGAAAGUUGUGCUUUCAAGUUUUAGCUUCGAAAAAAUUGUAUGCAAGAAGCUGUGGUGACUGUAGCAGCUAUUGCAGCUCUGCUAUUUUUCAACUGGGCAGAGACAAGUUCUGGUAUGAAUUUCACGAGGGUGCACAUUUUGGUUAUGAUUAUAGCCAGAUCAGUUGUACAGAAAUCUCUUAAACAUACGCGAUUUAGGUGGAUCACAUUUAAUGCUCUUUUAUUAUAACAGCAUUACUUGUGUGAGGCACUUUGUAGUUUUCAAAUAGCUCUGACUUCAAACUUCAAAAUUAGCCCUCAGUAUCUGCAUUUACCAAAACACAGUCAAGGCAAGCAGCCUACCGACACCCUUGAAAAGAGCCUAACCAAUGGGGCUGUGGCUUGCAGAUUAAGAAAGAAACUUGGGAACAUAAUGACUCCACAACGAGCACAGACAGAAGAUUGCAGUAUAAUUAGAGAUCAAAUGAGUGCUGAGGCAAUUGUUGAGAUAAUAGAAAGAUCUGGUGUGUGGCUGGUCAUGUAACACUUAGAGCUGAUUAUAGCAACAUAAUUAGCACCAAGCAAAGGCAGGAUGGCAAAUGAUGUAGCUGAUGCUGAUGUCGUUGUAUGCUCCAGACCGCUGGCAUUUAAAAGAGUACAGGCAACCCGGUCUCAGCACCAUAACACCACAGUCAAGUGUAUGGUGCCCUCUGUCUGCCUUUUGAAUGUUGCUAUUGGAAAUGACAAGUUAAACUUCAGUGUACUAGAAGUUACAGGGUCAGUGAUAUUGUGAACAAAGAGAAAGAAAUCGGAAGCAAUAUUUGUUUUGUUGCUUGUUUGGGCAGUAACUAGCUUAUGUAAUGUGGUCCUGUACAAAGGGUUGGGGGCUAGAGACCGCACUUUCCUAAGUUUUGACUGGUUCCCCGGAUGUUCUCAUUUCGUUCUCGCUUCGUUCUCGUCUUCAGUGCUUGGAUAACUGCUCUGGCAUUUGGCUCAAGGUCUCUUGAAGGUCGCCGACAACGAGAGCUAAAAGCAUUUCGUGCUUAUAAAUGCAUCGAUGUCCCUAGUCCAGGAUGUCACUUAAGCGCUCUGAGCUGCUGCAUACCCCGCACCCGCCGCAAGUUGUUUACCUCGUAACAUAUGGCACAGUGGUGUUUUCUGCAUACCGUGCUCCGAUGAUGUUUUUUCUGCUCAAACUUUUCAUGUGGAAGGGCGCUUGCGAAUAACAUUUGCCUCGGCCGACAUUUUGACAGCUUUUUGCUAGCUUUACCCGCCAUGUAGGCUCCAAGUACAUGCAUCAUAUGGCUGAAUACUUCGGUAAACCGAAACCGUGUCACAAAAUUAGUAGAGUGGCAAGUUGAGUUAGUUGGUGGAAGUUCAUCUUGUAAUACUGGUGUUACGGCACUUAGACACAUGGACAACAUAAGAAGAAAAGGACAGGACACAAAAAAAGACUUAAUCAAACAUUACAAAAUUACCUAAUUAAACUAAAUCACAAAAUUACUUCAUUAGAUUGAGAAAAAAAAGGUUUUCAAUGCAGCUAAGAUCGAGAAAUGAAUAUACAUGUAGUUGGGGGUCGGGGUUAGAUCACGAAUUUUAUUAAAUCAAAGCUCGUUAUAUUGAGGUUUGAUUGUAUUUGUCACAGAAACAAGGAAUCUUGUACACUAUGCCUUCUGUGCAUCUGACAUAUGACUUCCUGUGUUUAGUCUGGCACCCACGUGGCACUAAGCCUUCCUUGUCGUGUUUUGCAUAAGCCCAGUAGCUUUUUUGGGGACCAUGAACAGGACUCAAAUAUUCUUUUCAGGCUACGUUCGAGGCCUGUAGCAGAAAGAGCCAGUCCUGUCUUAUAUACACGAUGUCACUAUUUCCGGAAAGCGUGAUGGAUGGGAUUCAUAAACUGCGAGUUAGAUCGUGUAAAGUAAGCUUCAAAUAUCUCGCACAUUGCAUCUGAUUUGUUUUUCGUCAUCAUAGUAUACAAUCUAAUAAUGGUGUCGCAUGGUGCACUUUCGAUCCUGAUUGCACUUGACUCGAUCGCAACCAAAGGUGUGACCAGAGUAUAAGAUGCAGCUACUCUCUGCUGUCUUACCACAUGUACAUUUGGAAACUAAGAUAUUGAGACAUGACGCGCAUGCAAAAUGUCUGAAGGUUGAUUUGUAGAAAGCUGUUGCUAAGGGUUUAGUGUCACAUCUACCUCCGUUUAAUAGUAAGUAGUGCUUUUUUGAUUCCUUUUAUUGACACUUCUGUGUUGAUCAUGAUUCUUUAAGCAGAUGCUCUAGCCGUAUUGCAUAGAGUUUUGACACUGCUCUGCCAGCAAAGAUGUUAUGUGAGAGCUGUCACUUUCCUCUUCCUUUUGCCGUAUGAGCAAAAUUAUCGUGCCCAUGUUGUAUUGUACUUAAAUAAGAAUUGGUGUAGCGUGAUGCUCAGGAAUACUACUACAACUUGAAUUGCUUGGUGGUUUGCCAGUUGAAGUUGGAUUUGCUGUGCUACGAAAGAAAUAGUCUUGUUUUACUCUUAAAGGGACACUAAUUAAAGGCAAAUAUUAAGUCAAGCUAAAGUGAUAGAUUAGUGCUCGAGAAUCUCUAACGCGUCAAUAUUAUUGCAAACAGAGCCCUAAUAAUCGUGAAAUCGAGGUAAAUGCAGGAGAUGGUUAGAGACUCCCCCGGGACAUUCACGUACUUACCCGAUGACGAAAGCACUCCUCAGUUAUAUUCUGUCACAUGUACUCAACCAUUUGUAGCAAAAAAAAAACAUUCUUGUAUUGUAUUAUAAGACGAAACAAAGUGCUACUUGUCUGGUUCUAUUUCAUUUUCAGAAAAUAGUACUAAUUGAAAUUAUCCUUGACAACGACGCGGGUGGUCGAAAGGUUUCAUUUUUCGCUCGACUCCGCGCCGCCCACGCUUUCGUGUAUCACUAGUUUCGUUAUCGCGUAGUGCUGCGCUGGUUUUGCUGGCUCGCGAAACUCGGACAAACUGCACGUAGCGGAGAAUUCAACUUCCAUGUGAUGUCGCGGGACGCCCGAAUGGUCUACGCCACUUCACCAAAAAGCAGCUGCAGCGGCGAAUCCACCUCUCUGUCUUGGCACGGUACCGCCGUCUGUCGGGCGCCGUUUUACUCGCCGACAGCAGCAAAGGGUGGUGACGGCGUGUGCAACGUCACCACUCCCCCGGUUGGUUGGCGGGAGAUUUGAACUUCAAAAAAGGAAUUUGGACCCUUCAGAUGCAAUUUUCUCGUAAACUAAGUAUUUUCUUAGCACGAAUCAAGCACUACGAGGUUUCUCGAAUGGUAUUUCAAUAGUCUACAUCCACUUAUCAUUUGCCUUUAGUGUCCCUUUAAUAUGCAUUCAUGGUAUGCAAUCAAGGGCUGUUUGUGUUCAAAAUAGUCUGUAGAAAUGCUGCCAAAGAAUGGUAGGCACAAUUCUGAACUAAGCAUACUAAUUUGCAUGCUGGAAAUAUUGUAAAAUUUUUUCUUACCAUACACAAGUUAAUUAGUGCUUUUAUUUUUCAUUGUUUUAUUCCAAAAAGCCAUUUGGCACGACAUGUACUGUGAUACGUCAGAGUGUAGCUUAAUCAUUGGUGUUUUGAAUGAAAAAACAAGUAAUCUCCCAACAAGUUGUUUAAUUUUGCAUAUGAAAUUUCAGAGUUACCAUAGACUUGGUAUUGAUGUUUGUUGAAAAAGGUGCGCUUGUUUUGUGGGAAAGCCCUUCAAUCUGUAAAUGCAGAGAUCAGAUCUGUGUCACUAUGUCGCCAAUAUGUCAUCAAUCCUUGACCCCCUUCAGGAUGCGCAGAAAUGCAUAUCCUGUAGGAUAAUGCUGAAAAAUAAAGCAGUUGAUGGCUUUUCA